AUGGACCCGGUAUCGAUAGUUGCCGCCGCCUUAGCCAUCGUUUACCAGGUGACAGGUGGGGCCUACUCCUACCAGCGCCAGAGAUGGGGUCCAUGGGGUCAUUUCUUAGGUCUGACUAGGCUUGUCGAUACCAAGGCAGUCCAAGAACUGCAUUGGAACAUCAACACGUGGACGGACGAAGAGGUCAUGGCUUGGAAACAAUCUUUUAUAUCGACAUGCUCGGCCAUCCAAGUCGCUGGUGCGAUCUUUGCCAGUGUCGGACUCACCACCCUUCAAUUGCCUAACACGGACUCUACGCAUUGGAGCGCGAGAGCAUUAUUGACCUGCUUGAUGAUCCUAGGAGGUCUAUCAGUCGUCUUCGCCGCCUCACAGCAACAGAACAUUGCAGUCCUCAACAAAGCACUCGAUAUCCGUUCGUGGCUUAGCCGAGGCAAAACCGAAAUUGGACGUCGACAGUAUGAGAACCCCUACGUACAUCUUCCCCUCGAGAGCUCUGUGGCAGCUUUGAAGCAAUGGAACACUCCAAAAGUCGUGCUCAAUUUGGCUGUGUUGCUCUACACUAUCGGGUUUGGUAUUUACCUGCUCUACUCCUGGAUUUACCAUGUAGAGCCUGAUGACGGGCGAAACGAUUUUCGCAACGUCUUCAUCGCCUUUGUGGCAACAGUGGGAUGUGUCUGUAUCUAUGUCGUUAUCGUCGGCGGCUUCGCAUUCGCUGACGAGCUGAAAAGACACUUAGACUUCGGCCUGGGCAGAUCCACCACAUUUGCCAAGCCAGUCUCGCAACAGCAGUUGGAGGAAUGGCUAAAGAUUCUUCAGGAUAUGCAGUCUACCACUUCCGGAACAGACGAGAUAUAUGGCAGGCUAGAAACCGCGAUCAGCACUCUGCAGACGAAAUGGGAAGCAGAAAGAAUCGAACGUGACCGGCUGAGGACGGAAUACAGGGAACGGAGAUUGCGGACGGCAUUGACCGAACAGGCUUGA